AUGCUAAGGUUUGCAAUACAGAAAGUGUGCAUCGCAAGGGGACCUAAAAUAUGGAGAAUAGAGUCAGUUCGGUACAACUCCAGCGGUGAGAAACCAGCGGAGGAGUCAGUACACAAGCCAGCAGAGGAGUCAAUAGAGAAGCCAGCAGAGGAAUCAAUAGAGAAGCCGGCAGAAGAAUCAAUACACAAGCCAGUUGAAUUUUCUACUGAAUUUCCUACUGCUGAUAUGUUUAAAGAUAUACCUACAGAAUCUCCAAUUGCUGAUAUGUUGAGAGAUAUACCUACAGAAUCUGCUAGUAAUAUCCUCCUUCCUUGGGAAGAGAAUACAGAAGGAAAUGAUGAGGACAACGCACAAAAUAGUUCGACGGAUCAUCUCAUACUAGCUCCAUUUCGAAGGAAAUACUCUCCGUUGGAAAAGUUUCAUAUUGGCCGGACACAGGAAAAGAACAAGUCUAAUAGAUUGAAUGAAAACUAUUUCAAUGUGGUAGAUUUUGAGCGAGAUGUCAAGAGCUUGAUGGUGUUCAAGCAGGACAUAUCGAGUACACAAUUAUACAAUAAGAUUGAUGAGUUCAAGCCAAAAGAAGCUGUGAUAUCUGCUAAAAGAUACAAUCAAUUGGUGGGAGAUCUUAAAAGUGCAUUCAAACUCUCCCAACUGAGACAUUAUGCAGAGGAAAAGGAAAUCGUGGGAGUGACAAAAUCGAUUACCAAGGCCCGAUUGAUAACAAAGAUCAUCAAAGACUAUUGGAAAGUCAGUUUAAGCGACAGGGUAAUUGAUCAGUCAUCGUUGAAUACAGAGGCUCAUAUAGCACUUCAGAACAGAAGAGAAUUAUUCUUGCUUCUUUCUCAUCGGGGUUAUAUAACCAAUUCAUGGUCGAGACUAGGUGCCAAGCUUUCGUUGAGCCCUGAAAAUGACGAGCUAAUCGUUUCCGGAAGUCCCAAUAUUGUGAGCUUUGUGCAGGUCUCGUGGAACGAGCUACUUAACAAUGUUCAAUCGAUAACGUUGAAGCUAAAGAAGUUACGCAACUUUUAUGACACAGAAUUGCACAGAGAGAUGCCCAUUGAUGCCUUACAAGAGUUGAGUAACGUUUAUUUUGACAAAAUCAGCGACAACGAUCAAUUAUACGUGUUGAGUAGCUUUACGCAAGCAAAUUUAUCAUUAGCCAAGUCUGCAUUGUUGGCAGCUACAGAAUAUUCAGGCACUGCUACGAAGGAGUUGGAUAAGACAACUCUCACAAGAACGGAUCUGAUUUAUAAAGAGUACAACGAUCCUUCUCUACCGUGGUAUGCUGCCAAUGGAGGUCCUAUCUAUAGGCUCAAGGUGCCGAAGAUUAGAACAGGCCAAUCAUCAUCGUUGUCGGAUGUUACUAAGACCAGCUCCUUGUUUGAAGAACUGAAGGAAUUAAAGGAGGCAGUGGAUAAGUCGGAGGAAAGAUUUGAGAUGAAUUUCAUUGACGUUCAAAAGAGCGGGAAAACUAAAGAGGAGCCGAAGGAAACAGAGGAUGCAGAGAGAAGGAUAGAAACAACUAAUACUCCUGCUUUUGAUUUUGACUCGCUGUCAAAGUCACUACUCCAACCUGUGGAGAAGAAGUCCGACUGGAUGCCUAAUAUAAUCAAUGCUACGCUUGGACGGGUUCUCUUUCAAGGAAAAUCUACAAGCUCCAACAUGUUCUUCCACUCCAACUUUCCUGAAGUUAAUCGCAAACUAUCACAGCUUUCGCUUCUAGAUAAAGAAAGCCAUCUCUUUGGAUCGGCAGGAGGUAUCAAAAAUCAGUUUACGCACGUACUACAAAUUAAGCUAGUUCCGGACGGAUUCAAAAAAUUCACCAAUUUCAAGGAUCUGCCUAACAUUGAAAUCUGGUUCGAUGUCCAUCGAAACCAGGUGGACUUACAAAGUUGCAACAUGUUUGUGAACGAAUGUGAAUGCAAUUAUCAUAUCCCACUACCGCAAUAUGGCACGGAUGUCAAAUUUCAGUCGAGUUUCAAUUCGAUGCUUAUCAACAGCGAGUUUGACGACAAUUUGAUAUUCAAUAAAAAGCAGAAGCCACUAUUUAAAUUUCUCAACCGAAUUCCAGAUGAUCUGUUGGAUUUAGGCGAGGCCAACAGCGUUAGCCGCCUCGUCAACUCGAUCCAGAAUCAUACUAUAGCGAUAAAGCUGGAUGAUAGAUACAGAAAGGACUCGGCAGGUAAUACGAAGAAAAUUAACAAGAAUGUUCCCUAUUUAAUUACGUCAGUUAGCAGAAAGCGCUCGAUCGAGUUGGAAUUCGAGGGAGUCCCUGUUAUAUACGAGGUGGUCGAUGAUACCAAUGGAGAAAGAUACGAAGUCUCGAUUCUCUCCAAGGUCAAUGAGACGGCCGACGAUGCAGCCAGAAAGACUGGGCUCAAGAAAUUCUCUGACAAAGUAUUCAGGUUCGUCGAGUUUUUACAGAACUGA